AUCAAGCACAAAUUUUUACCUCCUAAGUACACAACUCCCGCACAUAAACAUGUCGAACGAAAAUGCCAACCCUUCCAAAGGAAAAAUGAAAUAUUUUGCUCCACAAGCUAAUGCAAAAUGUUCUUCCUGCCAAGAAAAUGCCAGAAAACUAGACACGAUUAUUGAUAUUUUGGCGGAGCAUAAAGUUUUACUGGAUCGUGUUAUUUCUCAGAACGCAUUUGUGGACAAUAUUAUGACAAUUUUUCCAAUUGAAUCGGAAGAAAAACUUCGAGAAUUUGAUCGAAUUCUCGCAACACAAGCAGAUCUAUAUACUCGACAAAUGAAAAAUCUCAUUGCAGGUAACGCUGAACGUAAUUUGCAUAAAGUAUUUGGAAGAAAUAUUAUUAUGGAUUUUAAUGUUGACGGAACUUUCGGGAAAAAAGGUCUACGAGAUUUUGGUAAUGUACUUGCCGCCAUAAUAGAAGUUAUAUCAACAUUUAAUAAAUUACCUGACAAGACUUUACGAGCAGCGUUCCAACGCCAAAAGAAAAAGUAUUUUAAGAUCAACAAACGAAGCAGGCGCACCGAAGAAAAGGAACAAGAUGAAAAUGAUGAAGAACCACAAAUUUAACUGAAUGUUUUUAUGUUAUACUAUAUAAUUUUAAAAUCCUAGUUCUAACACUAUUCAGUUUUAUUAAAAAUAAGACAAGGUUUGGCCAGCCUUGAAAAAAGUGAGCUAUAUAUGUAA